CUAUCUUGUCACCGAGGCACCAUACCGAGGCUCUGUCGACUCUAUAACGAAGUGAUUCGCAUGAGAGAGGUCAACAUCCGAAGACACCAUGAAGGUUUCACGACUUCGGGAUCCAGCAGGAGCUUCCGAACAAAUGGAGGUAAAGCAUCCUGCUGCGAAAAUUCCAAGCGCAGCCUUAGUCACUGUGCUCGUCCUCUGGGGAACCGUGUUGGCAUCAUCCGCAGGUUGCUUCUGGAUCAUCCUCUACCUGAGAAGCGGUAGCAUGGACAUAACCACACACCCCGAGACAACCACGAUGACAUUGAUUGCGAUGUCCACGAGCCCUGAAGCCUCUGAAGUAUCCCACUCGAUUAAACACAAUGGCCGCGCAUUUCCUGGAGAACGCGGGUCUGUAGCGUCCCCCUUUCCCCUGACCCUCAUAGCCACCGCCACGGCAGCCACUUUUACCAAAGAGUCACUACCGGGGCAAGCUAGAACGAAUGCCACACAUGAUACCCAUCCACAGGCCUAUAACAGCACCAUUCGGGAUGAAGGUCAACACCCGCUUCGACGACAAGUCCAAUGCACGACGAAAAGCUGUCAGCAGUUCCGUUGGCUCUUCUCGGCUUGGAGGAGCACAGAGACGAAACCUUGCGACAAUUUCUACGAACACGUAUGUGGACGAUUUGUGGAAACGUACACAGAACCUCGAAGAGGACCAUUCCUCUGGUGGAUGCCACAGGUAUCUGGUCCCUCCGCUCAAAGCCUUAUUCAGUGGAAUGUCACAGCUCAGAUUGUGCAGAUGGUACUUGGUGCAGCGGCACAGAGCAAAGGACAAACGCACAUCCAGAAAGCAUCAAUGUUUCUUGAGAUUUGCUUGAGACGACAGACAGAACGUGAAAUGAAUGCACUCUACCUUAAGAACUUCCUGCAAAAGAAUAGUCUUUACCUAGGAAGGUACUUGACCUUUGAUCCACUUGAUGUGAUGGUGACGUUAAUGGUGGAGCACGGUUUGAAUGUCCUCUUUAGGUUGUAUCCUGCCGUCAGUUACUCCCAUCGUGGUCACGUUUUCGCACUGAAACCACGGAGGCCUCUCGGAUACUGGACCGAAGAAGGACAUCGUACAACCGAAGAGCACGAAGCCCACGUGAAAAGAAUCCUAACAGUGCUUGAAGUUAACAGUACGGUCCCCUCCAAAGAAGUUGCCAAAAAAAUAUGGGAAGUCGAAAACGCCGUGGUAGAGAUAUGGAACGAUAAGGGCAUUGAAAGCAGUCAAGUGGUAAAGAUUGCUCUGUGCGAAGUUGGGUAUUGGGAAAACAAUGCACAAUUGGGACGCAAGUGGGCGAGUGCAUUGAAGGCUCAAAGUGGGUUGAACGGAAAAGAGAGUGUCUGCUUCCAGAGACGAACCAUGGCAUUUCUACAUGCUCUGUUCGAGAGGCUUGAAACAAGCGAACUGCAGUUGUACCUAGCAUGGGAGCUCACCGAGUUUCUCGUUAAAGCUGCUGGCUUCGUACAGGGGGAGUCCAGUAUGCAGACCACCGAGUACUGUCUUCACACUACGCUACAGUUCUUCAGACGUCCUGUGGACAUGGCAAUAAUCAAGUCAUACGACAUGCGUCCUGGUAUACUGAGAAUUCAGAACAUCAUGCGGAGCGUCACCGAUUCGGUCAUCACGUUCCUAACCCAUCACGCUGCCCUUGACGAUGAAACAAAAGUGGCGGCUGAGAAAAAACUUCGUAGCAUCGAAUUAUAUAUCGAACACUUGAACACCAGCACAGCGUUAUUCAAACACCUAUACGCUCCGUACCCUGACAUAUCAGGUCCAUAUCUGCACGUCUUACUUAUAACGUCGAAAGCCCACGCAUCUCGCAACAUUAACAUUGUGAGAACAAGCUCUGUCCAGAAGCAGCAAUCCAGGCUUUCGAGUCACGUCAUCAAUUUUGGAUACGAUCUCCUCCAGAAUGAAAUUAUAAUUCCACUUGGAGCUUUCCUGAUGCCGACUUUAAGAGACAACGCGCCUCCUGAGCUGACUUACUCGGCUGUUGGUAGCAGAAUAGCCCACUUGAUAGCGCGCGCGUUGGACCCCUCCAUGAACCGCAACGGUCCUUACAGAUGGAGUACCCAAGGGGAGAACGUGUACAAGUCGACGGCCAAUUGCUAUAACUCAUGGCUGGAUCAUCUCAGAGGCUGGGGAGAGAAAGACCACGUGGACGCGGUGACAGAGUACGCUGGAGACAUAAUGGUCCAGCAACCCUUGUACUACGCAUACAAGUCAGCUUCAUUGAGCAUGCCGCCUUUGGUCGGAGAUACAGUAUCUCACAGGCUGACGAAGAACCAGGUUUUCUUCGUAAACUACUGCAUUCAGUUCUGCGGAACCCCAGCAAGCGACCCGCCUCCGCUGCGUAAGCAUAGGUGUAUCGUGCCGUUGAUGCACUCUGCAGACUUUGCAAAUGCAUUUGAGUGUGCUGCCGGAUCUGUUAUGAAUCCAGUGAGCAGGUGCGCAUUCUGAUAGCACCUUAACCAACGUAUAAUAAUUGCGUAUAAUUUCCUCCAGCUAUCUUACCAUUGCUUCUUUUGUAAGCCCAUAAUAAUACAUAUUUCAAUGCUGUGUGUUCCCGAUAUCAUCUCCAGAGCAAAACUGUCUCCGACGUCGUAACUUUCUUGCCGCAUGUCAUAUCUGCCUACUCUGACGGAUUUACUUCAUCUGUCUCUCAUAUUGCUGGAAUUAAAUGACGCAUCUAUACGA